UUUUUUUUUCAAAUGUAAAGCAAAGGGUUGGAUUUUUGCGGAAGGAAGGGAAAGAAAAGGUCCGGAAUCUGUGCUGAGAAUCACAGCCCUUUCCCCCUCAUUUUCCCUUAUAUAAGUUUUAAUCGUAGCCCUUUUUCCCCUCAUUUUCCCUUUAUAUGUUUUAAUCACGGUCCUUUUUUCAUCAUUUUCCCCUUAUAUAAGUUUUAAUCAAGGCCCUUUUCCCCUCAUUUCCCUUUAUAUGUUUUAAUCGUACCCUUUUUCCUCCAAUUUUCCCUUUAUAUUUUUUAAUCACAGCCCGUCUUCCAUCAUUUGCCCUUUAUAUGUGUUUUAAUCGCAGCCCUUUUCCCCUCAUUUUCCCUUUAUAUGUUUUAAUCGUACCCUUUUCCCCCCAGUUUUCCCUUUAUAUUUUUGAACCACGGCCCGUCUUCCAUCCUUUUCCCUUCGCGUGAGUUUUAAGCUUAGCCCUUUCCCCCUCGUUUUUCCUUUAUGUAUUUUAAUCACGGCCCUUUCCCCCGCGUUUUCCCUGUAUAUAAGUUUUACUCGUCGCCCUUUUCCGGCGGGGGAGAAAGAGGUCGAAUUUGCUCGUCUUAAAAAAAAAAAGGGGGAAGGAGGGAAACGGCGGCGGCGAAUUUCGAGACGGGUCAACGCGCGGCUUCAUUUCCUGCGAUGGGCUGGAAGAAGCAAAUAGCUACGGCGUUAAUCACCUCCAAAACCAACCGCCGUGGCUUCGCGGGGCAUCGAGUUCCUUCCCUCGCGGCGAGGAGCGAAAUGGAGAGGUGAAAAAUCGCUGGAGGAGAGCCCGGAAAUCCUCGGCUGUGCGGGGGGUGAGCCCCUGGCCCAGGGUGCCCAGAGAAGCUGCGGCUGCCCCAUCCCUGGAGGGGUUCAAGGCCAGUCACUUCGGGACUCGGAGGAGCUGCUGGGCCAGCGCUGCCGCGGUGGCCGAGGCGAAAGUGAAACCGCCAUUAACUCCCUCGCAAUUAAAUCGGCGGCUCCUCGGUUGAGCACGUACCUGACGACGCACGAAGGUGACGCGGGGCCGUAACCCGAUUUGGCUGAAAAUUACAAUAUAUCCUGCCUGGGCGGCAUUUUUGACCCGGAGAUCCCUCGGGUGGGGGUUUUUUUUCCCCCCGGCUCCCGCCAGUUAAACGGGAGCAUCCUGCCCUCCGGCGGGCUGGGAUCGCCUCCGAAAGGAGCGGUGACGGUGCUGAGCUUGGGUAUUGCCGACUGACAAAACAACGCCCGGGAAAAAGAGGGGAAAAAAGGGUGGGUUUUCCCACACCCCCCCCCCGGUAAUUUUACGUUUCGGCUGCACGGAGACGCCGGCAAAGGGCAGGGAGGGAGCGGUGGAAUUCCGAACGCUGCCGAAUGCUCCCCACCGAUUAUCUGGGACCCGGAGGUUACACGGAUGGGGACGAGGAACUUCUUUUUCCCUCUUCUCUCUUUCGCAGUGAACCCUUGAAGACCUUGAAAUGCCUUUUGGCGUGACUCAGGUUUCAGAGGGGUGUUGCAAAACCGCCUUUCGGGCAGAAAACUGCCUGAAAUUCCCCUUUCUCCGCCCCUCCUCCCUUUUUACAUCCUUUGCAGGGCUGCGCUUUUCAAACGAGACCUCCCGGUUCAGAGAGCGGAGGCUGAGCCAGAAGGAAACUCCCGGCUGCUGCCGAAAAGAUUUAAAAAAAAAAAAUAAAAAAAUUAAUAAUUCAAUGAAGCGAAAGUAAUCGCGUCAUUCUUCUUCGGCCAUGGCCGAGUGCGACCCGCUGGAGAGUCUGCAGAAAGAAGCCUCUUGCUCCAUCUGCCUGGAUUAUUUCAGCGACCCCGUGUCCAUCAACUGCGGCCACAGCUUCUGCCGGGACUGCAUCACGCGGUGCUCGGGAAAAUCGGACCGCAGGUUCACCUGCCCCCAGUGCCGCGGCGUCGCCCAGAAAAGAAAAUUUAGACCAAACCGUGAGCUGAGGAACCUGGCGGAGAUCGCCAAGAAGCUGAGCUCGAGGGCGGGCAACGCGGCCGGAGCGGGAAGUCUCUGCCCGAAGCACCAGGAACCCCUCAAGCUCUUCUGCCAGGAGGACGGGACGGCCAUCUGCGUGGUCUGCGACCGCUCCCAGGCUCAUCGCGCUCACACCGUCUCCCCCAUCGAAGAAGCCGCCCAGGAGUACAAAGAGCAAAUCCAAAGCAAACUGAAGAGCCUCAAGGGUGAAAGAGAAAGGCUCCAAGGAUUAAAACUGACCGAGGAGAAGAGAAGCCAGAAGUAUCUGCAGCAGACGAGAGCCGAGAAGUGGAAGAUCAUGUUGGUGUUUGAGGAGCUGCACCAGUUCCAGGACGAGCAGGAACGUCUCCUCCUGACGUGGCUGGAGGACGUGGAGAAGCAGAUAGCGCAGACCCAGGCAGAGAACGACGGGAAGAUCUCCGCGGAGAUCUCCCACCUGGGCAACCUCAUCCAGGAGCUGGAAGGGAUGAGCCCUCAGCCGGAGAAUAAAUCCCUGCAGGAUGCCAGGAGUGCCUUGACCAGGUGUGAAGCAAGGACUUUCCAGCAACCGACGGAGAAGUUUCCCCAAGUGGAAAAGAGACUCAAGGAUUUAUCUCAGAAAAACAUCGUGCUGAAGGAAGCCCUGAGGAAAUUCAAAGAGGGUCUCCCACUUGAACUGGACGUGCAAUGGGCAAACGUGACCCUGGAUCCAGACACAGCAAACCCCCACCUCAUCCUCUCCGAGGACCGAAGGAGCGUGAGAUGGGAUGAAACGCCCCAGAAUUUGCCCAACAACCCCCAGAGAUUUGACACCUACUGCUCCGUGUUGGGUUGCGAAGGCUUCACGGUGGGGAGGCACUACUGGGAAGUGCAACUGGGCAGCCGGGGAUUUUGGGCUGUUGGGGUGGCCAGAGACUCGGCGUGGAGAAAGGGUUGGAUUAACCUCGACCCUUCCCAGGGGAUUUGGGCCGUUGGCAUCUGUGGGGACAGGUUUCAAGCGUUCACCUCCUUUGAAACAGUUCAACCUCUGAAUGGGAGGCCAAGGACUAUCCGGGUCUCUCUGGAUUACGAGAAGGGACACGUGGCUUUCUUCGAUGCCGAUAACGAGACCUUGGCUUUUGCUUUUCCUCCAACUUCUUUCAACGGAGAGAAAAUCCUGCCUUUCUUCUGGGUCUGGGAGUCCAGGAUCCAGCUGGCUCCCUGAGACAGCGAGACGGACAUUGCGUGCUCCGGACAAGCCUUUGGUUUGAUCCAGGGAACCACACUAUAUUUCGGGAUUCUAUGGAUGGUAAUGAAUAAAGCGGAGCAAACGAGUCCCGGUAUCCACUUUGACUCUCAUUUUCAUGGGGUUUUCAAGAGCGGAAGGGAUCAUCUUGGGUAGACCUCUGGGUUUUUUUAAACAUUGGAGUACUCCCCAAGAUUUCGCUAGGGAAUAUCGCCCUGGGACGAGCAGGAAAGCGAAGCCUAGGAUUUGUGCAACAGCCCCCGGGGCAUCGGUUUCAGAGCUUUAAUCCCUUCUUCUCUUCUCCCACCCUUCCCAGUUUCUCCUUGCCUUGACACUCAACCGUGUUGACUCUUGACAUUCAACAAUGACUUUCCUGCAGGGCUGAAGAAGCUGCAGCUUUGGUUCCUGGGUCGGUUACUAGGAAGGAAAAGAGGACACGGCUGAAUUAAGUGGAAUAUCUGCUGUUUUCCCACCAAGACCUUUUAGGAGCCCAAACCCCUCACGCUAUUGGCAAGAACACACACGUUUGAAGACUUUGGUGUUGAACCCCGUGGAUUUCAGCUGCCUUUCGCAGAGUUGUGGGGUGGGAGAAAUCAGGGGUCGGAG